CUGUGAUGCUGCACGUGGAUCCCCACACUUGGGACUAUGGUCUCCGGGCUGUAGUUCAUGCGUGGAACCUCAUGCCAAGGCUAGACAAGGAAAGUUGCAUCGUACGCGCACCGCUAGAGACCCUAAGCAGCAAGGUCCAAAACCCGACGAACAGGGUGAACGUCGAGAACGAGAGAAAGCAUCUUCGUCGGC